GCCCUGGCGGCGGCCCUGGAGGAUCGCCUCGUGUGCCUCGGCAAGGCGCUGCUGCUGCACCACAGGACUGACGUCGCACUUGGCUGCCACAUGCAUCGCCUGGGCGAUGCGCUGCGCGCGGUGGCCAAGACGCUGGACGUGGACAUGGACUUCGUGCACUGGGACAUGGAGAUCCAGGGCGACAGCGACAAGGCGAGGCACGAGCCGCUCGUUGCUGCGGACAUCAAGGUGGAGGUCUGCGUCGCAGAGCCCGCGCUGGCGCUCAGCGGCCAGGGGCGCUGGCUGGGAGUGCGGCAGGCGCCUGGGCUGCGCCGCGAUGCGGCGCCCUUUCACCCGCUUUCGUCCUGGACGCCGCUGCGGUCAGGCGCCCAGUCGUACGUGCCGGGGUGGGCUCGGGCAGAGGCCCUCGGGUUCGUGCUGCACGACGUGGAGGGGCACGUCGACAAGAAGUUGCAGAGCGAGGUGAUGCUGGACGCCCGCAUGAUGCACCACAUCCUGGAGGUGGAGGCUCAGCUGCGCAGCUGGGAGGCGCCUUGCAGAGUAUUCGAGACGGGCCUGUUCGUGCGGGUCCGCAGCACGCUGGACAGGCUCGGGUUCGAGCCGCACGGCAGGCCUGCUGAGGGCGGCGCCCCGCCCGCGCGGAAGUUGGCCGAGUCCCCGCCCGAUUCGGCCAUCUCGCGCGCGGGCGCGGGCGUCGCUGCCGCGCCCGAUGUCCCCAGCCACAGCCUGCCUGCGAAUUGCGACGGGGUGGUGGAGCAGUCGCCGUUCGAUGUGGAGGGCGAGGAGGACGUGCCCCCACCCCUGGUGGAAGGCGAGCUCUUCUUCACCUGCGACGAUUUGGAGGCGAUGGCCGCCACAGCAACAAGGCCGCUGGGCAAUGUGAAAUGGCUGUGGGCCAUCGCGUCGGGGCGGGUCGAGGACUCGUUAAGCUGA